AUGGCUUGUCCCGCGCAUACCCCGGGCCUCCGCCUCCCGGGCGCAAGGCGCCACACCUACUUUCAGGCACACGCGCGGCUGCACAGGCACGCGUGCCACUCGCGGACACGCGGAAACAAAACUAGCGCUGGCACUGCACUUCGGAGGCGCCGGUUGCGCUACACUCACCCACGCAAGACAGGUGGCGCGGGCGGAUGGUGCCGCCACUGCCACACGAAACUGGUGGAGCUCAAGCGACAGGCAUGGAAGCUGGUCAGCGGGCCUGGGACUCCCCUCCGGGACCCCUGCCUCUCUGCUGUGCUCCUGGACAAGCUCUCGGUGCCUGGGGUCUUGCCUGCAUGCCGUCCCGAGGCCGAAAGCCGCUGUGAUGCCUGCGCCACACACCUGCACCAGCUCACCCGGGAGGCGCUGCGCCUGCUGCAGGCCCCUGCCAGCAGUGAGGACCCUGACAUCUCCCGGGGAGGCCUCGUACCUCCGGGCCCUGGUGCCAUGACCAGUCCCAGGGACGCACCUGCUCCUGCGGGAAGACAGCCUUCCGGCCCACCUGACAGGAGAAAGGGGCUGGCCUGGCCGGCUGGGCCCAGUGUCCAGGUGUCAGUUGCCCCUGCCGGCCUAGGUGGAGCAGUGAGCACUGUUACCAUCCAGACGCAGCCGUGCCUGGACGGAGUGUGGAACGUCUCAAAGGCCAGCAGCUUCCUGCCGCCCACCUGCCUGGCUGAGGCGGCAGUUGCUGCCGUGGCGGUGGUGGACUCUGUCCGAGAUGGUGCCUCCAUGGCCCCUGGUGGCCUGUCCAAGGCGUGGGGCCGAGCGGGGACCUGCACAUCGGCCCUGGUCACCCCAGCCCCUGGCACCUCAGUGGGGGGCUCCGCAGGCCCUUCAACUGCAGCCUCCUUCUUCAUAAGGGCUGCCCAGAAGCUCAGCCUGGCCUCCAAGCGCAAGAAGCACCACCUGGCACCCACCCCCUCGUCCCGUAGCACCUCCACCUACCCCACUGACUUCAGCAGUGUCCUGCAGCUGUGCCCUCCCCCGGUGCCACCCUGCCUGCUCAGAGCUGCCCCCAAGGCCAAGGACAACCCAGGCAGCUUCGGAAAGGUGAAAGUCAUGCUGCGCAUCUGGCCAGCACAGGGUGCCCAGCGCUUGGCCGAGUCUGCAUCCUUGCUGAAGGUGGACUCUCGGAAGAAGCAGGUGGCCCUGUACGAUCCGGUCGCUGGGCCCCCAGGGGCUGCGGGCUUCCGGCGUGCGGCCACUGCGGCCACGCCCAGGACGUUUGCUUUUGAUGCCGUCUUUCCUGCAGACUCGCAGCAGGCUGAGGUCUGCUCUGGGACCGUGGCCGACGUGCUCCAGUCUGUGGUUGGUGGGGCGGAUGGCUGCAUCUUUUCCUUUGGCCACAGGAGCCUUGGCAAGUCGUACACCAUGAUUGGGAAGGACAGCUCAGCCCAGAGCCUGGGUGUGGUGCCCUGCGCCAUCUCCUGGCUCUUCCGCCUGGCGGAGGAGCGCAGGGAGAGGACGGGCACGCGCUUCUCCAUCCGUGUCUCGGCUGUGGAGGUGUGCAGCUGGGACCAGAGCCUGCGGGACCUGCUGGCCGACGUGGCCUCUGGCAGCCUCCAGGACACUCAGUCUCCAGGCGUGUACCUGCGGGAGGACCCGGCGUGUGGGGCACAGGUGCAGAACCAAAGUGAGCUGCGGGCACCCACGGCCGAGAAAGCGGCCUUCUACCUGGACGCUGCACUGGCCUCCCGCAAUGCCCGGGCCAGUAGGGAGGAUGGGGGCCGCAGCUCCCACCUGCUCUUCACGCUGCAUGUCUACCAGUACCGUGUAGAGAAGUGUGGACAGGGGGGAAUGUCUGGAGGCCGCAGCCGCCUGCACCUCAUUGAUCUAGGCAGCUGUGAGGUGGCACCCGGCCGGGGUGAGGAGACUGCCGGGGGAUCCCUGUGUCUGUCCCUGUCGGCUCUAGGCAGUGUCAUCCUGGCUCUGGUCAACGGUGCCAAACAUGUGCCCUACAGGGAUCACAGGCUCACCAUGCUGCUCCAGGAGUCCCUGGCCACCACCAGCUGCCGCACCACCAUGAUUGCCCACGUGUCAGACGCUCCAGCCCACCACGCUGACACACUCAGCACCGUGCAGCUGGCCGCCCGCAUCCACCGCUUGCGCAGGAAGAAGGCCAAGCACGCAUCCAGCUCUUCUGGAGGGGAGAGCUCCUGUGAGGAGGGCCGGGCCCGCCGCACCCCCUACCUGCGGCCCUUCCACUCGCGUGCGGUGGCCCUGGUCCCUGAUUGCCCGGUGCCUGGCCUGCCCGGCGACCCCGACUACUCGUCCAGCAGUGAGCAGUCCUGUGACACGGUCAUCUAUGUAGGGCCAGGCGGGACAGCGCUGUCGGAUCGCGAGCUCACCGACAACGAGGGCCCUCCGGACUUCGUGCCCAUUGUCCCCUCCCUAAGCCGCUGCUGGCCCUCCGCUGGCCCCCGGGAUGCCGACCACUUCCGCUGUAGCACAUUCGCGGAGUUGCAGGAGCGGCUAGAGUGCAUUGAUGGCAGUGAGGGCCCUGGAGUCCCGGGCGGCAGCGACAGAGCCCAGGCCUGCCUGGCACAAGGAGGCAGGAAGCCUUCGCCACCUGAGGCCAUGUCCCUCAGGAAGGGUGUGGGCCCCCCAGUGGCAACUAGCACCCCUCGAGGCAGCCCUGGCCCAGACAUCCACCAGGGUGACCUGGACCCUGUCAGGGUUGGUGCCCAGGGUAACCAGCAAGAAGAUGGCAGCUCCUGGUGUGAGCCACUGGCUCCAGAAAAGGCUGCAGGGGCCGGAGGCCGGAGGCCGCUGCCCAGCCCGGCCCCUCCACCGCCCAGGCAGCCAGAAGCCCUGGGAGACCUGGUGGAACUCCGGGGAGGGGGCACUGACGGAGCAGUACGGACACCCCCCGUGGGCAUGAGUGGGCAGGGGCACUUCCCACUGGCCCUGGACUCAGCCUGCCCCUGCCCAUCCACGCGUGGCCAUCAUCUGGAGCGGGGCCUGCUGACCACCACAGUGACCCUGCAGCAGCCCGUGGAGCUGAAUGGCGAGGAUGAGCUUGUGUUCACAGUGGUAGAGGAGCUGCCCCUGGGGGCUCUGGCAGGCGCUGCACGGCCCUCCAGCCUGGCCAGCUUCGGCAGCGAUUGCUCCCUGCAGGCCCUGGCCUCGGGCUCUCGGCCAGUUAGCAUCAUCAGCAGCAUCAACGAUGAGUUUGACGCCUAUACCUCUCCGGCCUCUGAGGGACCUGGGGGGCCGCUGGAGGGAGGGUCCCGGCCAGGAGGUGGCCCUGGCUCCUCUGUUGGCUCCUGGCUCAAUGAGGUUGGUGUCUGUGCAGCUGCCAGCCGCAGCCCCACACCACAGCCUCCCUUUAGCCACGAUGCACCAGUUGGGCUUGGGCCUCCAGAGCUCCCUAUCUGGGGCAGCUCCCUGGAUGGUGUCAGGUCUGCUGAACAGGGCAGGCCUGAUGCUUCUGGCCCAGCCCAGAGUCCGUGCACUGGGGAAGCAGCUGCUGCGGGCCUGUCCCGAGCUGGCCGGGAGCCCUGGUCUAGGUCCUCUCAGGGCACCACCACAGCCCAGACCAUCCACUCCAGCCUUCCACGGAAGCCCAGGACCACCUGUGCGGCCAGCCAUAUGGUCUGCGCUCGCCCUGGCCGGAGCCCACCCGGCCCUGGAAGCCUGUUUGAGGACCCAUGGCUGCUGCGUGCAGAUGACUGUGAUGCCUCCAGCCCUACCCCAGGUUCCCCCUGGCUCCCUGAGGCACAAGCAGGGCCAGCUAAUGCCCAGCGGGUGGUGGAUGGCUGUGUGGUGGUGGCCAGGGUGGCCCGCAGGCCAGAGGCUGUGGCUUGGAUCCCACCGCUGCGGCGGGGAGCCACCACACUGGGGGUGACUACACCUGCCAAUUCCUGUGGGGACGCUGUGGCUGAGGUGGCUGCCUGCUCCACCAACCUGAGGGGUUCUCCUGGCAGCAAGAAGGGCAUGGCUCACAAGGGAGGCUUCUUCCCGAGGCCUGGUGGGGCAGCCCCCCCAGCCCCUCCCGUGCGCAAGUCCAGCCUGGAGCAAAGCGGCCCAGCCCAGGCCCCCAUCCUGGCCCCCAGCCUCACCCGGACAGGGGCUACUGCCACCUUUUGUGGGGAGGAGGAGGCUCGGCCCAGUGGCCGGCCUGACCAUGCCAUUCCUAAGGCCACAUCCAGCCUCAAGGCCCGGACAGGCAGGAUGGAGGUGGCCCACCGUCCUGCUGGCCACAUGUCCCUGGAGCGGUAUGAAGGCCUGGCACACAGCAACAGCAAGGUCCGGGAAGCCCCUGGACGGCUGCCCCGGGCUGUGCCCAGGCUGGGUGUGCCAUCUGCUAGCCCCAUGCCCGGGCCGUCCCCUGCUGGCCGGAGCAGCGCAGCAAAGUCCAUGGGUGCCCCCAAGCUCCCAACUGGUGGGGCUAAGAGCCGCAGCUUCAUGGCCAGUGGCUCUCGGGCUCUGGGUGGGUCAGUGAAGCCCCUGGCCCCAGUGGCUGGCAGGCCCCCUGGUGGCCCUGGGACAGGACCCCGAGUGGCCCCACGGGCUGCUCCUGGAGUUGGGGCCAAGGCUGGCCGGGGCACCAUCAUGGGCACCAAGCAGGCACUCCGGGCUGCUCACAGCCGCGUGCACGAGCUGGCAGCUGGUGGGGCUCCAGUCAGGGGCGGCUUCUCUUGGGGCUCCGCGGACUCGGACAGCGGCAAUGACAGCGGUGUGAAUGUCGUGGAGGAGCAGCCACCUGCGGGCCCCACCCUACCCUCUCCCUACAGCAAGGUGACAGCACCCAGGCGGCCCCAGCGCUACAGCAGCGGGCACGGCAGUGACAAUAGCAGCGUGCUGAGCGGGGAGCUCCCGCCCGCCAUGGGCCGCACGGCCCUCUUCUACCACAGCGGUGGCAGCAGUGGCUAUGAGAGUGUGAUGCGGGAUAGUGAGGCCACCGGCAGCGCAUCCUCGGCCCCAGACUCGAUGAGUGAGAGCGGGGCUGCCUCCCCGGGGUCCCGCUCCCGCAGCCUCAAGUGCCCCAAGAAGAGGGCCACAGGUCUGCAGAGGCGGCGGCUGAUCCCAGCCCCAAUGCCCGAGGCUGCUGCGCUGGGCCGCAAGCCCGCUCUGCCUGGGCAGUGGGUGGACCUUCCCCCGCCACUGGCCGGCACUCUGAAGGAGCCCUUCGAGAUCAAGGUGUAUGAGAUUGACGAUGUGGCACGUCUGCAGCGUCACCGCCUGCCCCCACGGGAGGACCUGGCCCAGCCCUCCCAGGAAUCGGAGAAGGGCCUGGUGAGUGUCAGCUCCAAGCUGCGGCUGGCUGAGCGCAGACAGCAGCGGCUUCAGGAGGUACAGGCCAAGCGCAACCAUCUCUGUGAGGAGCUGGCUGAGACCCAGGGCCGGCUGAUGGUGGAGCCUGGCCGCUGGCUGGAGCAGUUUGAGGUGGACCCGGAGCUGGAGCCCGAGUCGGCUGAGUACCUAGUGGCUCUGGAGCGAGCCACAGCCGCCCUGGAGCAGUGUGUGAACCUGUGCAAGGCCCACGUCAUGAUGGUCACCUGCUUUGACAUCAGUGUCGCCACCACCACUGCUGUGCCAGGGCCACAGGAGGUGGACGUCUGAGGCCAGGCGCUGGACAGGGGAGGGGAUUGCAGGUGGUGUGAGGACCAGAUGUGAGAUGGAGUGAGGAUGUGGUGGGGCUGAGAGGCGAAGAUGGGAGGUCUCGGAGAGAUGUGGCGUGGGGAGGGGAGGGCCGGCUGGCGAGGAUGGAGCAAGCAAGGUCAGGGGGGCCGGGAGAUGGUCACCACCCCGACAGCCACGCAAGUGCCUUUUACCUCGAGUUGGACUCUUCUCCUUUUUGCAUUUGGUGCUAUGGACUUGAGACACCAGCAGACGUUUGCUGGGCCCCAGCUCUGGCAGCUGUGCCCAGCUGGCUCUGUCAACUCCACCUUCCUCAAGUGAGCAGUCCGGUCCCAGCCCUUGGUCAGGUUCAAGUUUCUUUUCCUUUGCAGCGGCUUCCUCUUGGCAGAGCAGGCGCUGGCGGUGGGAUCAUUGGAGCCGGAUGCUGUCCUUCCCUGAGGACCCUGCUCUGUCCUGAGGAUGCCAAGGGCCCUGGACGAGGGCCAGGCCACGUGCACACGAUGCCUUCUUCCACGGCAGGAAUUCUUACCAAAACUGCAAGCAAAAAAACCCACAACAAAACCAAUCACCUAUGCCAGAGACAGGGGUAAGGGUUUUCUAAAUGUUCUGUUAGGUUCCUAUUUUUGUAUCAUUUUGCCUAUGAACACGGAGUUUGCUGUGGGAAUUUGAAGACAAAUGAUCUAUGUUUUUAUGGUUUUCUACAGAAGUUGUUUGGGGCCGGGCUCUUUGUGGAGGUCCUACGUGCAGGGUGGGCCUGCAGCCUGUGAUGUUCCUGCUCCACAGGCCUGUUUUCUGACAUUGCGUGUUUUAUAGGAUGUCUGAACCUUUGUACAAACGUGUAGAUAACAUCUUGCUAUGGUUUUUAUUUGUGAAUAAAAGAGUUGAUCACAUGGUCCCUUGC